AUGUCUUCAACCUUGGAUAUUCAGCAGCUGUUACCAAUCAAAGAAGAACUUGAUGAGUGGAGCCCUGAUAUGGAGCAGCAAGUCCAGCUCCUCAGCAUAAAGAAGGAAGAGGAGGAGGAAGCUGACAUCACUGAUUUCCCGCUCGCUGCUGCUGCUGCGGUGAAGAGUGAAAAUGAAGAGAAAGUGCACUCACUGUUUCAUCAUGUUAAAAACGAAUAUACGGACGAGGAGGAGCCUCAGACCAGCAGCUCAGGUGUCCAUCAUGUGUUUGAUAUUAAAGAAGAGGUUUCCCAUGAAUGGAGCCCGAGUGCGAAUGAGCAGGACUCAGACUUCUUCCAGGAAGAAGAGCAGGAACGCUGCAUUGGCCAGGAUGGACUGCAGGAGGAUGACAGACGUGCAACAGCUCCCAGAACCUUUCCGAUGCCAAUAUUCAGUGUUGCGUCCCGCAAUGCAUUUCAACGCCUCAAACUUGAACAGAGAGAAAAAAUCAAAUUCUGCGUGCAAACCAGGAUAUCUGUGAAGAAAACCUUCAAAAUGCUUCAGGAAGUUUACGGCAGCAAAGCAAUGAGCCGAUCAAGAUGCAAAGAUUGGUAUUUGCGUUUCAAAAAUGGCAGAACAUCCGUCGAUGAUGAAACGAGGUCAGGGCGACCCAGCACGAGCACAACUCCCAAGCACAUCCGAGAAAUCGAUCGACUUGUGCACCAGGAUUUACGGAUCUCCAUGAGGGAGAUUUCUGCCAUUCUCAACGUGUCAUUCGGAACGGUCCAGGCGAUCCUGACGUCCACUUUGAACCUGCACCAAGUGGCUAACAAGUUUGUGCCCAGGCUACUGACUCCCGAGCUGAAGCAAAAUCGUUUACAAACCUGCAAGGAUCUCUGUCAACAGACGCGAGAUGACCCAACGUUCAUGUCCCGGAUCAUAACUGGCGAUGAAAGCUGGGUGUAUGGCUGCAAGCCUGGAAAAGCAAGGAAGGUGAAUCCGACAAGGAGCGGUUGA